UCUCCUUCAAAAAGCUCUCUCUCACUCUCGAGUAUCAUUCAGAAAAUGGAAAGUGUUGAAUUGGGGUUGAAGAACAGUAACCGGAAGGAGAACACCGUCACUGGAAGCGCUCAAAUUAGCGAUGAUGAUUUCUCCAUUGACGACUUUUUUGACUUCUCAGACGAAGGCGUUUUCGUUGAAGAUGAGGCUGAAUCAAAGUUGCAACGAAACAGAGAAGCCUCUGUUUCCCAAAAUGACGAAAAUAUCCUCCAGCGGAGCAACCAUUUCUCCUCCGCCGGUGAAGAUUUUCCCACAAGCGAGCUUUCCGUCCCGAUGGAUGAUUUAGCAGAACUUGAAUGGUUAUCAAAUUUCGUAGAGGACACUCUCACACCGUAUUCGGCUCCGACGAAGAAACCGGCAUGGUUAACAAGAGACCGAAGACACCCUAUAGCACCGGUUAACGAGGAUUCGUGUUUCAAAACCCCUCUUCCGGUUAAAAUCAGAACCAAACGAGCCAGAACCGGAGUCAGCGUCUGGUCUCUUGGUUCGUCUUUGUUAACCGACUCGUCUCCGACUUCUACAACAUCGUCCUCCUCUUCUUCUGGUCCUUUAAGUCCUCUAUGGCUCUCUGGCGUUGAGUUUCUUGAUGAGCCAGUGGUUCAAAGACAGAAGAUGAUGAAGAAGAAGAAGAAUCCGUCGGCGAUUUGGACGCAAACGCGAAGGUGUAGUCAUUGUGGCGUUCAGAAAACGCCGCAAUGGAGAGCAGGACCGAUGGGAGCCAAGACGCUGUGCAAUGCUUGUGGUGUGCGUUUCAAAGCGGGUCGGUUAUUACCCGAAUACAGACCCGCUUGUAGCCCAACGUUCUCCAGUGAGCUCCACUCCAACCACCACCGUAAAGUCGUUGAAAUGCGUCGGAAAAAGGAGAUAUCUGACAAUGCUGAUGAACCCGGUUUGAAACAGCCGGUUCAGACGGUUCAGGCUGUGCCAAGUUUUUGAUUGAAUUUUGUUUAGUGAAGAAUUAGGAUAAGAACCGGUUCAGUAUUAAAAUUUAAAAAAUGCUAGUUUCUCCUCUAUUUUU